AGCGUGUCUGACAUUUGAGCCCAGUAGGAGAAAAGCGCACAGAGCCGAACAUCCAAUGGGUCAAUCAGAGCGAGUUUCCUCACUGACUGGAUUCUGUCUUCAGUCGGAGCUUCUGUCCUGAGUGAUCCCCCGCUGCUUUACGCACAGUGUUCUUGGAGAGUUUCUUUUUUUCCCACCACCUCCUCCAAGAAAGUAAACUAAAGAAGAAGCGCGGCGGACGCAGCGAUGACAGCCGAGUUUAUUCCACUUCGAAGUCAUUGAGAGCCGCAUCCCUGCUGCGCUGCAUCCGAUCCGACUGAGCCCUUCUGGGAAGAUACAAAGGAGAUACAAGGAUGAAUUCCGCUUUCAUAGCAGUGUUACUUGGAGUGGUUGGUGCUCUGGCCAAUAAGGAGAAAUGUGCCUCAGGCAAGUAUACGACCGGCGGAGAAUGCUGCGAGCAGUGCCCACCCGGCGAGGGCGUCGUCAAACCUUGCGGAGCCGCGCAGACUGUUUGCGCCCCGUGUCUUGACAGUGAAACCUUCUCAGAAAACUUCAGUCACACAGAAAAGUGCGAGGCCUGUACAAUCUGCUCGGGUCUGUUCCGCAUGAAGGCGCCCUGCACAGACUCCAACGACGCCACCUGCGUGUGCAACUAUGGCUACUACCUGAAUGACAUGUCACAGCGGUGCGAACCGUGCACCAAAUGUCCUGAAGGCCAGGGCAUGCUGUACAGCUGCGAGCCCGACCAUGACACAGUGUGCGAGGAGUGCAACGGGGACACCUACUCGGAUCAGGAAAGUUCUCGCGAGCCCUGCAUCCCCUGCACCACCUGCGAUGAAGGGGAAAUGUUACAUCCCUGCACGUCUGUCACUGAUACAGUUUGUCAAGUUACCUACCCUUCAGUGACACCCACGUUUUACUCCACGCCCACCGAUGAUGAUGUUAUACCAGAAGACCCCCCAUCAGAGAGCACCACAGAGAGCCCGACCACCACUAAUGGGGAUUCUCAGGAGCGUCUAUACCAAGGUCUGAACGACAAGCUCAUACCCAUCUACUGCUCCAUCCUGGCAGCAGUCGUGGUCGGCCUUGUGGCCUUCAUCAUCUUCAAGAGGUGGAACAGCUGUAAGCAGAACAAGCAAGGGGCCAACAACUGCACAGCCAACCAGAACCAGACGCCGUCACCUGAGGGGGAGAAGCUGCACAGCGACAGCGGCAUUUCUGUGGACAGCCAAAGUCUGCAGGAGCAGCAGGCCCAGACUCAGGCACAGACAGUUGUCACCAUGGAUGAAGAGCCUUGUUUGCUCCUUCCUCUUCACACCAGAGAGAAAGUAGAGAAGCUGCUGUUCAGGGGCAACGAAGGAAAAGACUGCAACCACAUGGACGACAGCGACUGGUGCAACCUGGCAGGCCUUCUGGGAUACGAGGAGGAACGCAUCGCGACUUUCCGGCAGGAAGAACAUCCUGUCCGAGCGCUCCUGUCCGACUGGGCGAGCAAGGACUGCGCCAGCAUCGACGCCCUGUGUAAGGCGCUGCGGAAGAUAAACCGCGAAGACAUCGCCCAGAGUCUGGUGCUAAGCCCGAGUGCCGCAAAGCCGACCGCCACCUCUGUCGUGUGAUUUAAGCUCAACAGUGAGCGAAAAACCGCCUGAAUCUUAACCUUAAUAUUCUUCCGUGGCCUCCCACAUUCCACAUAAAUCAUGCUAUAGGCGCUUUAAGCUCUUCCCUCAUGAAGCCAGCAGUCACAGUGAUGAUCAAGUAUCAUGAAUCCUGAAGAAUUAUUUGUGUUUGUUAUUCAAGGAAAGACCAGAAAUUAGACAAAAAAAACUGAAUGAAUAUACCUGAAUGUACCUGUAAUCAAAUCCGUCAAAGGAAGUCACUUAACCGUCAGGAUUUACUUGUAAUCAAUCACUCUCACAUAUUAACAUCCACACGAGGAAAAUAGUUUAUAAUCAUUCGAUUUUGAGCGGGAACAUCCGCCUGCCUUUCACAUCCAGCUUACCGUCUUCACACUCUAUUAACCUUGGAGCAGCAACGUGACUUUAUCGCGGAUGGCUCUUUCAUUGCUACGUAACAACUACAACUCGAUCUUUAUUCUUCCUUUCUUCUUAAAACACGUAUAAACAGCGUGACCCUUAAUUGUAGCCAUCAUAAGCCAGUGUUGUAUCUUUAAAUGUUACUUUACAAGUCUAUGUUACCAAAGGAAGAAGAGAAAAUGCCGUGAAGACUGUACCAGACAAGCAACAUUAUUUACAUGCCGUGUUAGAUAGUUUGAAUUUAAGUUGUCAAGUGGCUUGUGUCUGUUGCUGUUUCCCGAUAAGGCCUGCAUACCGCAGAGUAUCUGGAUCUUUGACAAAUAUGACUGAGGAAGGAUGCUUGGAUGUGUUUCAAAUGAACUUCCAGUCCAGCUAUUUACUUUUAUUUUUGUAUUUGAUUUAAGACAUUGAGCUGCAGCACACGUGGAAUUAAUCUCGACUUUGGAUUCAUUUUGAUUUUUUUUUCUUUCUUUUUUUUAACAAGUGCUAUAAGAACUGCUGGCUGGACUCUGUUGGUCCUUGACCAAGGCAACAUGAGACACUAUUCUAUGUGCUCUGGCCUAUCUGCAUAACACAGGAGCUCCCACAGACUCCUUCAUACUGACCUAGAAAAAGGGACCGGACGUCGAACUCAAAUCACCCAGUAACAACAAUGUAUACUGUAUGUACAUAGGCAGACAAGUGCACAUACAUACUGUACAUACAUACACACAUAGGCCGACAGUACGUAACCAUGCAUGCAUGUACUAUACAAACACACGCACACACACACACACACACACACACUCUCAUUUGUUGUAGAAGACACAGAAAACUUAAGAUCCUGCCAUAUACUGAGUGGAAAACUCUCAUGAGGGGACCAUAAAUUGUUUAAUCUCAUUAUUAGUAGCCAAUAUAAAGUUAAAAAAAUUGAAAUCUAUAUAAUUUGCAAUGUGUGCUAUAGAUGGUGAAAUAACAGUAAACAGCAUGCAGAAACUAGCAACUCAUUGUCAGCCAGUGCACAAAUUCACAAAGCAUAAUAAUCAGGAUGCAAAACUAAAAAUCCAGGGUUUUCUAUCUUUUUCGCUUCGUUUCUCAGGGUAUCUUGAACGAUUGUGUUACUACAUCAAUAUUACACUUAUUAUUGCACCCUGUGUAAUUAACCGAACAAUGUGUAGAAACUAUCUUUAUCCAACGCAUUGAUUCUUGCGACUGACAAUCCUUCAAACAGGUGAAUAAGAGAGGGAAACGGGCCAGAGGUAAAAAAAAAAAAAAAAGAAAGAAAGAGGGUGUCUUGUUUCCUCAUUGUUUGCAACAAUGACAUCUGGAUAAAAGGCAAGUCAGUGGAGACAUAAGUCAAAGGAUGUGGGAUGAAUUCAGACCGAGGGAAAGCGGAAAAGUUUUGGAUUACUUAAAUGUAAAGGUGAAACCCAGGAAUCUACGUUUGCAUUAAUCAGCUUGUUUAAUCAUGCAUCCCUCUCUCCUCGUGGCGAUAUGUGCUUUGUGUCGCACCCAUUUGGUUUGAAGCAUACUUCAGAAAUGUGACUAAGCUGCCAGCCUGGCACCUGUCUGCGUUCUGUCUUUUUUUUUGUUCGGCGUCUGCUUGCGAGUGAUAUAUUUGAAGGAGCAAAUGCUACAGUAAAACUCACCUGUAUCACCGACUUCAUCUGUUCUCUGGUAUUCAGAUUGUACAUUGUUACUAACCACUAGCAUACUGAGCUUCAUGCUGUAGUGUUAUUUUAAAAUGAAGGUAUUCUCACUCUAAGGGGUUGUUGUAUUUUAAUUCCAAAAAAAAAAAAAACUGUAAAUGGUGUUAUGUUUCUUUUAUUGUCCCUAUAGAUUGUAGCACUUAAAUGUGUGAUUAUGUACGUCUGUUUUGCAUCGCAAGUGCCUGGGAACUCUUUCAGGUGUCCGCUGAUGUUGUACAUUUAUGUUUUCGUAAGUAGCUGUUGUAUUUUUUACUUGUAAAUAUAUUUUUUGUUGUUUUUAGUUAAAGCCUACAGAGCGCUACUGUACAAUAUCUAUGUGACCGGGACAUUGUUACAAUAUCAGUGCUGUCCUAAGUUUAAAAGGGUAAGAAGGGAAAACGGAAGGGACGUGCCUUCGAGGUACUUGGUGCAAUUACCACAUUAAUCACCAUCAGAGUGUAUCCAUGUAGUGCGUCAUUAAGACCGGACGUGAAUCGGAAAAAACACAAAUUUAAAAUAUUUUCGAGGCUAAUCAAAACAGGAAAGGCUCUAGUAGUAAAACAUCACCUGCCAUUAUAAUACACUAUUUAAUAUUUAAGUGCCCUUUGAGUCAAUCACUUUGCCAGUAUUUGACAUUUUCACAAGAUCCCAAGGGAGCUGAAUGUCUAAAAGAAAUUUGCACAAGCAAGAUUUUACAGUCACUAAUCUGUGAGGUAAACUAGGACCAAAUCUGCUUUUGCAAUUACAGACAGACAGAUUCAUUUAAAAGUCACACAAAAUUUGUUUAAAUAUGAGUUUGCUCUGGCUAAUUUGUUAUUUAUUGGCUACUGUAGCUGUAAGCAGGACUGAGGGAAACCUGUCUCCACUUGGAUUGUGACACUUAAGAGAAUAAUUUUGUUUUUGUUUUUUUAUUAUAGAUGUCUUCAUUAUUAGCCAUUACCACAGAAUGACCAUUCCUGAAAGCCCUUUGUUGAUUGUACUAUAGCUAAGUCAACACUAUCUAUCUAGAGUUAGUCCUCCUGUCAGUAACUGUGUCUGAAGACGGAGACUUUUCCCUUGGACAGUAUUUGUUUAAUCUGAUGGAUAUGAGAGAUUUAAUUGAGCAACGGUGGACCAGACGUUGAGUUGCUUGUACAGUUAACGCAAUUGAAGGUGAACGUGUUUUGACAUUGCACUUGAAAGUAACAAAGUAAUCAUGAGUGUGAAGGGGGUGGGGUGGGGGAGGACUAAGUUUUAGGAUAAAGGUUUUCAAAGCCCUGGCUCACAGUGACAAGACUGACAGUGCACCAGGACUGAAAUGUACAGAUCUGAGAAAUACUGAAUGUUCCUUGUAUACUAAUACAUAUACUGUACUAUACUUAAUGUGAAUUUGCAAAAUUCCUACAUCAGACAAGCAGUAAAACCAAUAAUAAAG